AUGGAAACCCACAUGAGAGAUUCCAUCAGGCAAGUGGAUGAGAAUACAUUGCUCAUUGGAGACCUGAUUCUCCACUCUUCGAGCGGUCGUUCCGAUACCUCUUCUUCCAAUAUCUGUUCUUGGUAUGACACAACCGACAAUCUCAGCCAUACCCUCACCAACGCGCCCGUCCCUCUACCGCCAACCAUUCCACUACGUGCGGAUGAUCCUCGGCUUGUCCUCGUAUAUAAUGUCGGAGAAUGCUCUGCAGUCUGGUCUAUAGGCAAUGAUGUCUUUUGCAAAAUCAAGACGCUCGAAGAAGGCGUAACAUCCGAAGCUACUACCUUAGCUUUUGUUAACAGUCAAAAGCCUUACUUUGAGAUCCCUCGCGUUAUAUACGAAGCCAAGGAUAAUACCCGGUCUUAUCUCUUUAUGACUAGGGUACCUGGCCGGACACUUGCAGUGGCCUGGCCCACUCUAGACGAAACCUGGAAGCGUCACUAUGUGGAGGAAAUAGUGAAAGUAAUCGAGACCCUUGCAGCCUGGGAAAGACCUGUGUUUAGUGGUGUGGACGGAAAAUAUAUGACCGAAACUUAUCUCACCAAGACCGACGUUCCGGACUUUCGCCCUCAAAAACUUACCGAAACUUGUCAAAUGCUAGGUAUGGAUUGCUCGACAUUCGUCUUUUACCAUGCCGAUCUCGGUCCAGUAAACAUCAUUGUGGAAGAUAUGCCAAAAGCUGGCACUAUUGGGAUCAUCGAUUGGGAGAUUGCUGGUUAUGUCCCCAAAGGAUGGAUAAGAACCAAGUUCCGAUUAUCUAGUGGACUGGAUCUUCCUAACCCAGGCGCCGGUGAGAAGUCACAUUGGUGGAGAUGGGAGGUUCAAAAAUUACUGGAGGAACGUGGAUUCGUGGACCAUGCGGAAGAAUGGGUGGCAUGGGAUUCAACUGAAUAA